GCCGCCCGGCCGCACAGUGGGCCGGAUGACAUCGUCGGAGGCUGUCAAAAUCUCGGACGUGUGAUGUUGCUCCAGAGUCUCAUAAACAGGACAGGCCUUGAACCAGACGCGUGACCCCUUCAGUGGAUUCCUCCUAAGAAGAGCAAUCUAUUGCCUUCGCCGGUCUUCUGGUUCGCCGUGCCCGGCCGCCGCCGCGCUUGUCCUUGGACGCGGGGAUGGCUCGGCUCACGAUGACUCGCUGACGCAGCAUUUCACUCUCGUUCCCGCCGCCGACGCAGCGCCCUCUCCCCUGUCCACGCGACCUGCCGCCACUCUCCCCGUGCGUGCGGCUCGCUCGCACAGUCAGUGCAGUGUCAGACACCAGCUUGUGUGGAGCGUGCGCUUCUUCAUCCUCGGCACGGCAGUCGCGUCCUGGCGUUCUUCCACUCGUACACCGGCUCAUCCACGUGAUCCUGCGCUACGGUUUAACGGGUGACCUGUCAUCGUAGUUGUGGCGGAACCAAUCAGAAUGUCGGACCAGCCAGCGAAACCGAAAUCAGUGUCUUACAACGCUGCCCGCGGGCCGUGCACGGUGUGCGCCGAGCCGGGCCUUCCCUGCUCGCGCUGCCGCGUGGACUACUACUGCGGCAAGGCGCACCAGAAGGCCGACUACCACCGCCACCGCAAGGGCUGCGGCGUGCUGGAGAUGCGCAGCAGCCCCGAGCUGAAGCGCCACCUGGUGGCCACGCGCGACAUCCCCGCCGGCACGGUCAUCAUGAGGGAGCUCCCGCUUGUGUGCUUCCCGCGGCCCUACCUGCUGCCCGGCCAGAUGCUGUGCGUGGUGUGCUGCCGGCAGCUGGCGGGGAGCAUCUCGGCCUGGCGGCAGUGCGGCGCGUGCGGCUGGCCCGUCUGCGGCGUCUCCUGCGCCCAGGCAGACGUCCACCGCGCCGAGUGCCAGGCCUUCCAGCGAAGCGGCUUCAAAGUCAGCAAGGGUGACCUGAGGCGCGUGGACGCUGACUGGAUGAACGCCCUGUCCACUCUCCGCACCUGUCUGGCCGCGGACACACUGCCGCAGCUGCGAGACCUCCAGGACCACUUGAACUCGGACGACGCGCUGAAGAGCUGCCCGGCCGACCAGAUGGGCAUGCUGAUGGCCAUGACGUUCGGGCGGAACCGCGUGUUCGACAAGACGGUGGCCUGGCUGCAGCAGAAGGCGGGCAUCACGUGGAUCCCGGCGGACAAGCUUCGCCGCGCCGUGGCGGCCAAUCAGAUCAACGGCUUCUGCGACGACACGACUGGCGGCGGCCGCGCCGUCGGCGGACUGGCCCGUGGGGCGCUGUACUCCGGCCUUUGCAUCCUGGAACACAGCUGCGCCUCCAACACCUACAUGCUCCUGGAAGUGGACGAGACGGGCCAGAGGCUCGUCAUGGUGUCGAGGGACGUCAAGAAGGGCGAGCACCUCUCUGUCGACUAUCAGGACUGUCCUUUCCGGUCCAUGUCGGAGCGUCGGCGGGACUGCUGCACCAGAGGCUUCCUGUGCCGCUGCGUCUUGUGCGAAGACCCCACGGAGCUGGGGCUGUACCUGAGCUCCCCUUGCUGCAAGCGCUGUUCAAAGCGCGAGAAGAUGACCUACAUCGAUGGAAAGUGCGGUGGCUGUGGCGAGGAGACGGCAGUCACCAUGGCUGAGCCCAACGCAGAGUUUCGGCGCCUGCAGGCACAGGACAACCCACGGCGCUGGGAGCGUUUCGUUGAGCAGUUCCUGUGGCCGAAGGGCCCCCUGCACCCGACCCACUGCAUGGUGCUGCACGCCAAGAUGCAGGUCGUUGAGGCACUGGAGAGAUCUCAGCUGGGAUAUCAGAUUCUGCUCACCACCGAUGAUGAGGCCGUCCGCUGGGAGUCUCUCUGCGGCGACGUGCUGCGUGCCCUGGAAGUGAUCCGCCCGGGCGCCAACGCCUACACGCAGAGCGUGCUGCUGGCCACCUACCACGUGAAGGGCCUGCAGAUGAAGAAAAGCCUCGCGGGCCCACGCAGCCGGACCCACAACAUGGAUAUGGCGAGGGAUUCCGUGAAGAUUAUCCUGCAGCUGGAGAAAAUGAUGAUCGCCGGAAGGGCCAAGGAGGUCCUGGAAGAACUGAAGAGUGACUGGAAGGACGUCUUCGCGAUGCCCAAGGAGCGUUUCGACGCGUUCAUCGCUGGCUGAAGGCGCACUCGCUGAUCCCGGUUUCAUGCGCCCUGACUGAACCACUCACCCCUUCUUUGAUAUUCUUUGUUAAAGGUUUCCUUGUAAUGUGUCUUGAAAUUGACAAUUUUUUUUCUUUUUGUUUAAGAUUACUGUUAACUGGAUUCUGAAAGAUUUUUUUUUGUUUAAAGAUUACUGUUAACUGGAUUUUGAAAGAUUUUCAAGGUUUCCUUCUUAUUGUUUGAAGUAAUCGCAAUUUACGCAACUGAAUUAUAGUAGACUUACAUACUGUA